AAGGAGGGGAGACGGUUGUAGGGCUUUUGCUUGUGCCCGAGCCUGUGCGGCCUGAGGGGCGCGGAGACUCAGGGGGAGGGAGACGGUAGCAGCAUGGCGGCAGGGUAUGAGCCGCCCAACCCUCCUCUUCCCCGCUGUCGCCGCCGUCGCCGCCGGAAUCGCUGGGACCCUUUAGUCUGCGUGUUUUAGUUGUAAGCCCGCUGCCCGCCCGUCAGUCCUCCGGUCCACCCGCCCUCCUUCCUUUCUCUGCCAGUGGCAGCCCGAGGGUCGGGCGGGCGGGGUAACUCCCACUCCCACCCCACCCACAAGCCCCGGGGCCGGGACCAUGGAGGACGUGAAGCUGGAGUUCCCCUCGCUCCCGCAGUGCAAAGACGACGCCGAGGAAUGGACAUACCCUAUGAGACGAGAGAUGCAGGAAAUUUUACCUGGAUUGUUUUUAGGUCCAUAUUCUUCUGCUAUGAAAAGCAAGCUACCUAUACUGCAGAAAUAUGGAAUAACCCAUAUAAUAUGCAUAAGACAAAAUAUUGAAGCAAACUUUGUUAAACCAAACUUUCAACAAUUAUUUAGAUAUUUAGUCUUGGAUAUUGCAGAUAAUCCAGUUGAAAAUAUAAUACGUUAUUUUCCCAUGACUAAAGAAUUUAUUGAUGGAAGCUUACAAACUGGAGGAAAAGUUCUUGUCCAUGGAAAUGCAGGAAUCUCCAGGAGUGCUGCCUUUGUUAUUGCAUACAUUAUGGAAACAUUUGGAAUGAAGUACAGAGAUGCAUUUGCUUAUGUUCAAGAAAGAAGAUUUUGUAUUAAUCCUAAUGCUGGAUUUGUUCAUCAACUUCAGGAAUAUGAAGCCAUCUACCUAGCAAAAUUAACAAUACAGAUGAUGUCACCACUCCAGAUAGAAAGGUCAUUAUCUGUUCAUUCUGGACCCACAGGCAGUUUGAAGAGAACACAUGAAGAAGAUGAUGAUUUUGGAAACAUGCAAGUGGCAGCUGCACAGAAUGGCUGACUCGAGCAACAUUAGAGAGGAUGUGAAUUUCUAUUUGGGAAGAAGAAGAUACUAGAGACAAUAAUAAUGUAAAAUGGUAAAAACACAAGUCAUUUUUUUUUUUUUUUUAAUUAUAUGUUGCUUCCAGGCGUUUCUCUGCAACUUGUUGAGCAACAUUUUAAGAUGUUGGACUUCUGCAAUAGAUGGCACUGAUGGUUUUACUCCUUUCUUCUUUUUCUUUUCUUUUUUUUUUUUUUUUUACACUUUACAGUUUUAUUAUAAACGAAGAAUUUUGGACUUGCAAAGAGGUAUUAUUGCAAUAAUGCACUUUUCAUACUUGAAAUUUAUUUGUAUGGUAUAAAGUUAUUACUUUAAACAAAAUGCAAGUUAGGGGGGAUUUGUUUAUAAAAUGUGGGUAAUUUAUAACGAGAAUUUCCUAAAGUUUGCUAAAAAUUCAUUUUGUGUUCUAUAACAUUUUAAAAAUAAUUUUACAGUUCACUUUUAUGAUGGAACCUCUUACGGAAACAUUAACAAAUGCAGGAAUCUGCCACAUUUCUGUUUUAGUGUAAUUCAGUAGCUUCAUUACCCUUUUAUUUUUUUAAACUUAAUACCUUAUUAUCUUUGAAUCAUGACAUAAGCUAACUCUUCUUACUUUAACAUGAUCCAAGUAUUGCUUCCAUUCCUGUUAUCUUCCUAAUUUGUUUAUUCUAUAGAAAAAAAAGUUUAAUGAACAAAAGGAAGAUAUUUUGCUUGGUAAUACCAGAUACUAAAAACAAGGAGUUUUAGACUUUUGAGUCACUUUCCUUUUUUCUUUAAAAGCCAAAUGUUGUGUUUGUUCUUUUUAGAGUUUGUUUAGCCCAUUUUUUCUUUGUCCAAAAUAGUUCUAAGUAGAAUAACCAGUGUAGCACUAUUUUUUUCUAAAUGAAGCCCAAAAAAGAAAAGUGCCUUGCAUCAGUAAAAAAAUUAAAAAAUAAAUUUCACGACCUUUAAAUUAGUAUGUAGAACAGUACAAAGUUUUAAACAUUUUUCUGUAAUUUUUCUUUUUAACUAUAAAUUAGUUAAAACAGUCUGAGGUUUAAAGAAACCUCAGUAAAUUAUUUGGAAUAUGGAACAUUUACUCCUUCAUUUUAUGUUGUCUUAAUGAUUCUGUGAGGUUGUUCUGGCUCAGCAGCUUUUCUUUGAAGAUGCAUUUAUUGGGGAAAGUGGUUUGUGGGAAACUUCACUGUAUUUAAAAUUAAGUGUUUUAAUUCUUUACAUUGAGUUAAUCCAAAUUUCCCCCAUAAUUUGCAUUAGCAAAGUCACUUUAUGGAUCCUUAAUUCUCCAUAUUUUUAUUUAUAAAGAUUGUUCUAAGAAAAACAUUUUUGCUAUUUUAAGUACUCCAUGAGGAAGGAGAGGAGUGUUUUUAACUUUUUGUAGUUGAUUUAGGGUAGCACAAACAAAACUCGUUUAUAUCUCACUUUUCUCAGUCCUCUCUUGAGGUGCUUUACUGAUGGGAAUGAUUUCCAUACGUUCCCUUGGUACCAGUAGGUACUAUGCAAGAUAACCCAUUACACCAAGUUACUUCUUUUCUUUCUUGCCUGCAUUGUAAGAUAAUACAGUAAGUGCUUUUUUUUAUCCAGCAUAACAGGAGAGUGGAAAUUAAAAUUGCUUUAUUAAUUAAGAGUUAGUUCCUGUUGACCCAGAUGGUAUUCCUCUUCUGAUCCCUUCACCUAUUUACUACCCUGAAAACAGCCUAUUAAUCCCAUUGUGGUCUUGUAUUCUGUUGUGUGAUUAGGUCAUUUGGUGUGGUAGUCUAUAGUAGAGUCAAGAUUUGCAUUGUGUUCAGAAAUUCCACUUGGCAGGUAACACAGCUUUCCUAUAUUUGGAUCACUACAUAGGUCAGUAGAGAUCUCUCUUGCAGUCUAAUAAUCUAUGAUGCUUCUUCGUUCGGCAGAAACUCUGCUUAAAAGAAUCUUCAUUACAGUACAUUUAGGUUUUAAAAUGAGGGAGUUAAGAUUUUUAAAAUUAAGUUUCUUAAAUACACAUAUCCUCUCUAGUAGUUAGGCCAAAAAUACAGAUUUGGUCAUUUACUAAUUUAAAGCUGGUAAUUUUCCACUUUUUCUAACCACUGUAAUUUUUAUGUUGUCACUAAAGUGCCUGCCCAGCACUGUAUAUUAAAGACUGUCUCUUGAACACUAGGAAAAGGGACUAUCAUCUUCUUGAGUACAGUACUAAUGGGGACAAAACAUGAAGUUUAUUUUUUCUUUCAUGUACAAACACCCCGUUUGUUUUACCUUGGAUCCAUUCUUCGACCUAAUGUUCAACCACUUCUGGUAGUUCUUCUAGUCUUUCUUCUGUUUGGUUCCAUUUUUGGAAUUCCUUUAUUUCUACGGAUGUUUUGUGAUAGUUACCCAUAAUACAUUUAACCAAUCAUGAUUUAUUUUCUGAAUUUGAAUAAUGUAUGAGUGAUACAGCAUCCAAUUUUAAAUACGUAAUCUGGGCAAGGAUUUAAACUGAAAUUGCAGCAAAACAGGAAAACUGCUUUACUGUCCCACUUUAAAAGUAUGAAACAAAUAUUGAAAAUAUUCAAACUGGAAUGGCAGUAUUCUUACCUUCUAAUUUUAAUUAGUUCAUGUUAAUUUCUUAUCCAUUGGGUGCUUAAACAGCGGUUAAACCUUUAUUUGUCUCUGUGGUGGAAAUGUUAAACCGGGAUAGCUUUUGCUACCAACUCUCAACUGUUUAACUUUUAAAGCGGAAUAUUUGUUUUGUGGGGGGGAGUUUGUGCUUCAUCUGAGUUUAGAAGUAAUGUCAGAAAAUGUUAAGCAUGUCCUUUUUAAGAAAAUAUAAGGUUUCUAAUUGUCUUAUUACCAUGGUAAUUCAAGUGAAUUAGAAGUAUUUAACUGCAAUCUUGAAUUAUAAAGUUGGGAUGCAUAUAUAUAUGUAUGUAUGUAUGUGUGUGUGUAUACACACACACACACAUCGGGAUCUCAACUUGAUGUAAAGUAAAUGAGCAGUUACCUGGCGGAUUUUUUUUUAAUAACUGGCUUAAUCCAUAAUUCCAUAACAAACUUAGCUUCACUUCAGUAUUUACUUUAUCUUUGUCCAUUCAACAAUGCUCCAAUAUGGAAAUGAUAGGAAAUGGCUGAGAAUUACUAAAGGAUUUUAUUUUAAUUGAUUAGAAAGUUUCUAGGAUCUUUGAAUGCUGGAUUUUUUUUUGUCUUACCCAUCCAUGGCAGCUAAAAAAAAAAAAAAAAAAAAAUCAAAAUAUUCAGGUUUACAUGUUAGCUCUCUCAUAGGGAGUUGCCAUACCUCACAGUUCAAAGUGUAUUCUAUAGAUCAGUAACAUUAUACUGACAUGUAAUUGCAAUUUACUAUGCAGCAAAAUGAUUCAAGAAAAAUAACCUACAAUGUCUAUUUACCUUUGUAUAGGCAAUUGCUUAAGUUACUCUGCUUUUAACAUUUGUACUUGGAUAAAAUGCUUAUGUAUGUAUAGGAAUGUCACAGUGCAAGAUGCUGCUAGCCCAGGCACAAAGUAUUAAAGUUAUUUUGUGAAGACUGGUGGUUGUAUUAAAACUGUUGUGCCAUUAUACCUCAAAAAGAUUGAAAUGCUCAUUUAUACUGUUUAUGCCUCAGAACUUCUUUAGAUUAUUGUCUUUUAGAUAAAAGUAACCCAGGAUGAAUGAACAUUGGACGUUGAGAAGCACUUAAGAGUAUCUUCCAAAAGUCUGUGGUCACACACACAAAAAUAUUAUGAUCAGUAAUCCAGACAAGGCCUGAA